CUUUCGCGUCCGCACCAAUCUCUACUAUUUCUUCUUUGACCAAACCACUCUCCCUCGUCUACACCGCUCGGGUCUCUCUCAGACCCCCAAUUCUCAAACCCUAACUCGUCUUCCCCUUCUCUGAAUUCAACCCUCGAAUACCGAUUCUGUAUCUCAAAUCUCAGUGCAAUCACUCUAGUAUACAUAUAUUUAUAUUUACCUAUAUAUAGAUAUAUAUAAGUGGUUUUGAUUAAGGGUGGUUCGAAACAAUGACGAUUCCGGAGUCUUUUUCGUGUUUCUUGGAUGGAAAUUUUUUUCCACCGGGGUUUCGAUUCCACCCGACGGAUGAAGAGCUGGUUCUGUACCAUCUAAAGAAGAAGAUCUGCCGUCGGAGGCUCAAGCUCGACAUCAUCACCGAGAUCGAUGUGUACAAGUGGGAACCAGAGGACUUGCCUGGGCAGUCUAAAUUUAAGUCUGGUGACAGGCAAUGGUUCUUCUUCAGCCCCAGGGAUAGGAAGUAUCCCAAUGGAGCAAGGUCAAAUAGAGCAACCAGGUAUGGGUAUUGGAAAGCAACUGGGAAGGAUCGCAGCAUUACAUCUAAUUCUCGCCCAGUUGGUGUGAAGAAGACCCUGGUUUUCUAUAAAGGCCGUGCUCCUAAUGGUGAGCGCACGGACUGGGUGAUGCACGAGUAUACCAUUGAUGAGGAGGAGCUGAAGAGGUGCCAGUCUGCGCAGGAUUAUUAUGCACUGUAUAAGGUCUACAAGAAGAGUGGGGCUGGUCCCAAAAAUGGUGAGCAAUAUGGUGCCCAUUUUAAAGAAGAAAACUGGCCUGAUGAUGAAGAGAAUACUGUUAAAGGGCUUGAUGGAGUUGCUGCUAUUGAUAAUUCCAUAGCUAAUGUUCAACAGCAGCCCCCAUUAGGCGGUCCUGAGGAAUUCAUGAACCGCUUUGUGGAUGAGCCUGUGCUUGUGCCCCCACUUACUGUUAAUUAUGACUAUGGGUUACAGCAGCUUGUUGGUGAGAAAGAAGAUCAAAGUACCCUGGUGGAUCAGUGCUCAAGGGAAGUCAAUCUAACCGACCAGAGCGUAGUGCUGCCACCUGACAGCCAGCAGAAUAAUUUACAGGCUAACUUGGAUUUGAUACAGUCAGCCACAUUUCAAUCAUAUGAGGCACCUGAGGUCACAUCUGUUCCCGUCAUUCAUGCACAAGAACCUUGCUUGGCUGAAGAGGAUUUCCUUGAAGAUUUUCUUGAAAUGGAUGAUCUCAUGGGCCCUGAACCUACUGUUCAAAAUGUUAAUAAUCCACUGGAGAAUCUGCAGUUCGAUUACUUUGAUGGUUUGAGUGCAUUUGACCUGUAUCAUGAUGCAGCCAUGUUUCUCCAUGAGAUGGGAGUGGGUGACCCAGUACAAAUUUCUCAACCAUUUUUGAAUAAUCUUGAGAAUGGAACUGUAAACCUGGUUUCAGAUUUACAUUUGAGCAAUAUUCAGAAUGACGGUGUAAAUUACCAGCUGCAACCUCAGUCACAUGUAGCAAAUCAUAUCAAUGGUGAGCUGUGGGCACAAGAUCAAAGAUGCAGUGUCUUGACUCCAGCAGAAGCAAACCAGCUAACUGUUCCUCCACCUAUUUCAGGUACAGAAAAUAGUGCAAAUUUUAGUCAUAGCAGUUGGACUUGGUUACCACGCAAGCUAUGAUUUAUAUAUUUUUGUUUUUCAUUUGUAAGAAUUCGUCUAACCUCGUGGACCUCUUGGUCAGAUGGAUGGUAUGGGCAGACCAUGUCAUCAUCCAAAUGGCGAGAACUCUCAAGCCCAAGUAGGGAAAGAGGAGUUUGAGCCAAGCUUCAAGAGUUGUUCUGCUACUAUAGACGCAUGGAUUUGUAUGCUAACAUUAGUAGUUUUGGGUAUGUUUUAGGUGUGGUAUGUGAUGGUAAUUUUGCAAAUCAACCUACUGGAGCAAAUCAUAAUCAAAGCAGCAAACAUGAUGAUGGUGCGGAUUCAUGGACUUCUGCCCUAUGGGCCUUCGUGGAGUCAAUACCGACCACUCCUGCUUCUGCUUCAGAAUGUGCUUUGGUAAAUAGGACCUUUGACCGAAUGUCUAGCUUUGGUAGGUUAAGAUUAAGUGUCAGAAACACAAAUGUUGAUGCAGGUAACUCCACUUCAACUGCUGUUAGGUCUGGCAGAUUUAAGAGUGGAUUCUUGUGUUUUUCAAUUCUUGGAGUAGUGUGUGCUAUCUUGUGGGUGUUGAUAGGAACAUCCAUAAGAAUCUUGGAAAGAUAUAUUCCAUCAUGAAUAUGUAUAUUUGAGUAUUAUUUCUGUUCUGUUUCCCGGUAUUCCGCUGAAAUCGGUGGAAAGCUCUACACAUCGUAAGACUAAAUGUAAUUUACCUUGUAUGCGAUGCUUUUUUGGUCAAUUUUUCGAGAGGGUGAAAAAAAUGUGUAUAACCCUUUAUACAGUUGUGGUUGUCUGUAAACUGAAAAAAAAUUGUGAGCUUCCCCAAAGGGGUGAUUGAUAAAGAAACAAAACUUAAAGCCGACAAUUGUGUCG